GACAUCCGGUUAAAAUAAACGGAACUGUUGAUGAAAAUCUCUCGUAUUCAAUCAUCAGUAAUCUGCACAUUUUAAGGGUUGAUUUUGUCUCUUUUGUUUCUUGAUUUCGUUCUCUUUCAUAGCUCAUACACUUACAUUCUGCUUUCUCGUAUUAUACAAAGUUUUAACGAGAAAAGCCUAAGGAACUGAACAAUGGGCGUAGAAAUGAGAGUCGCUGUUGUCUGUUCGAGUAAUCAAAACAGAAGUAUGGAAGCUCAUAGCUUUUUAAGUAAGAGAGGAUACAGAGUGAGGUCAUUUGGAACAGGAAACCAGGUGAAGUUACCAGGUCCCUCUUUAGAUAAACCAAACAUCUAUGAUUUCAACACAACAUACGAUGAAAUGUACAAAGAUCUCCUACGUAAAGAUCCGGAACUAUAUACACAGAAUGGUAUUCUACAUAUGUUGGACAGGAACCGUAGAAUCAAACCCAAGCCUGAGAGAUUCCAGUCGUGUAAAGAUAAGUUUGAAGUUGUUAUAACCUGUGAAGAGAGAGUCUAUGACCAGCUUCUGGAAGAUAUGAAAACUCGAGAAAAAGAUGACAUGAAUCCAGUCCACAUCAUAAAUAUUGAUAUACAGGAUAAUCAUGAAGAGGCUACCAUUGGGGCAUUUCUUAUAUGUGAUCUGGUUUCCAUGUUGAGUGAGUCAGACGAUCUGGAUAACGACAUUGAUGAAAUACUUCAGGACUUCGAGCCACGAUGUCAAAGAACAAUUUUGCAUACAGUCAAUUUCUACUGAUACUUUGAUCAUAAGUAUAUACCAUGUGCUUUCAUCUAUGUUGUAUUUGUGAGCUUGUCAAAUCUCUGCACAGAUAGGAGAAGAAAAUGUGAACAAAAGUUGAUCACGUUAUCGAUGGUAGCCAGCUAGCUCCUUGCUUUUAUAUAAAUCAUAACUUGUGCACCAAAUUUCAAAGACUUUUGUAAAGUUAAAAUUAAGAUAUAAAAGAGUCUCAUUUAUUUAGAAAGCUAACAUUUUCAUUUGUGAAAUCUAUUACUUUUACAGAAUUUAAAUUUUGUGAUUUCAAAGUCAGAACCUUUUAUUGUCUUUGAAUUAGUGCUCCUUUUCAACUUUACAUUAGUCAAAUUAGGCUUCUUAUUGAAAUUUUAAGAGAUGAACUUGGCUUAUGAAAUAGGAACAAAAAACCAAAAACAAACAAAAGUUGAAAAAGGGAUAUUUAUUUCAGAUAUACCCUUACAUAUUCUGGUAUGAAAUACAUCUUGCAGGGUAAUGAUUCACUCUUCAGUUUUCAUGUUUAAUGUUAUAAAGCUCCUGUAUCUCCACUUAAUAAUAUUAUUCUUGUUACUAUUAAGGAACUAUUUCUGUAUUUUGUUUUGUUCUUUGUGAUUUUUUUUGUACAAACUACAUGUAUUGCCAUCGUUUGCAUAGCUCAUAAAAUAAUUUUCCUUUUCUAAUGGUCAAAUAAUGUGCAUUAUUUGGGAGAGGUUUUCCUUACAUUUUGUAUAUAAACAAGAAAUAAAUGGGGAAAAAAACAUUUGACAUAAAGAUGCCGUGCUGGACAGUCAUCCUGUUUAAUCUGUAAGCCUAUACAUUAAACAUUAAGCAGUGACAAAUGUUAUGGCUGGGUCUUGAUUUUGUAUAUGAUUGUAUAACUUUGUAAUUAUUGUAAUCUGUUGCUUCAUUUUGAGGAUUGUUAAUAACAGAUAUAUAAUUAUGAACAUGAUGGAUAUGAAACUUUUAUUUUCAGCUUUGCUGAAUGUUUUAAUUAGUUUCAUAGUUACAGAUCAUGCAGUCCUUACUAUAAAGCGCAGGUGCUUGGUAGGAUCAGGGACAGUACUGAAAAUAGUUUGUCUUACUGUGGAUUCAUUUAGUUUCUUGGGUACCAAUUUUCAUGGAUAAAAAAAAAAUAGGUUCCUAAAUGUUUAAAUUCCUGGCUUUGCCGAGGUCUGCAUAAAAGCCUAUAGAAAAUUUGUCAUUAGCUAACAAUAAAUUACAUGUUUUAACUGUACCAACGAAAUCCACCAAAAUUGGUAUCCAAUAGGCAAUAAACAAAAAAGAAUCCACAGGAUCUGAACCCCAAUUGUAGCAAAAUUGGGUAGAAUUAUGAGUUUAAUGCGAUCAGUGAGUAUUUGCUUACAAUGUGAAUAUAAAUCAUGAAUCAUUAAGACAGAAGUGUUACCUUAAUAUUUUUGUUGUUUUUGUUUUCAAGUUGGUAAAAAAAUGAAGUGAUCAAACUUUCAAUGCUGUGUUUGAAAAUUUUCUUGAAUUUUAAAUAAUAUUUAUUAUUUUGCAUUUUGUAAAUUUCGGAUUAAAAUUUAAUUUUCUUUCUGCUAAGAAGAAUAAGCCUUUACUUUUAAUUCUGACUUUUUCUUUUUAAAGAAAAGUAAAUUGUUGUUGCAAAGAAUUUUACCUUUUUAAUCAUAAGUUUGGCACAAGAAAUUCUAUGAAAUGUUUCAGUGAUUGGUAUUUUGAGCAUCAGACAUGACAUAUUUAUUUUUCUAGAAUCUUUAAACUGGUUACGAGUUAAUUUUUUCUUUAUAACAAUGCAAGGCUUGUGCAGCUAAUUUUUGAAUUAUUUCAUUUUCUUUUCAAUUUCGUUUUAAAAAAAAGUAGGAAACAGUUUUUAAAAUUAUUUUAACAAGAAAUUUGUAAAGAUACUCUAAAGUAUUUUUCUGUACAAAAAAAAUGUCUUGAUAUGUAACUUUUUGUCUGUAUAGGGAAAUUGUCCAAAUAUUUGUCAGUACAGGAAAAUUGUCCACAAUAUUUGUCUGUAUAGAAAGGUAAUGGGUAUCUUAUUAUUUGUCUGUACAUGAAAUUGUCAAAGUAUUUGUCUGUACAGGAAAAUUGUUUAAUGUUGGUCUGUAUAGAAGAGUAGCAGGUAUCUUAUUAUUUGUCUUUACAGAGAAUUGUAAAUUGUAUCUAAAUAUUUAAAUUUGUUUUUGUAUAGGAGUUUAGCCAAAAAUUUGUUUGUACAGAACAUUUGUCCAAUUUUUUGUCUGUACAUAAAGGUAACAGCUAUUGUAUUAUUUGUUAGUUAUUUCAUAUAAUGCUGAGUUCACAUGUAACUCCAAUUCGAUUCCCAUUAACUAAUUCGUAUUAAUUUAUUUUGCAUUGGAAACGUUCUACGCCCUGACGUCAAUUCCAAUUCAAAUUGCAAUGUGCGUCAAAUCGCUUCACUGUCCAAAGGACGUUAGCUUUUAAUUCGUAUUAACAAAAACGUAUUUCUAAUGCCAAUUGACUAAUUUGAAUCAAUUCGAAUUAAAAAAAGAAGAUUGUGUGAACGCGAUAAGCGAAUUCAAUUCAAACGUUUGUGUGAAUGAGGAAUAAGUGUUUUCAUGUACAGAAACUUUGUCUAAAUACUAGGUACUUUGUUGUAAUUUUAUAUGAUACAGAGACUAUCUAAAUAUUUGUCUCUGCUGUAAUUUUGAAUGUUGAAAGGUAAUAUUUCCAUUAUAGCAAGGAAAUCUGUUGAUUGUUUAUUGUUAUUUUUGUAAAAGUAGGUCUGAUAAUGUCAAUAAAAUGAUAUAAAACAUUGA